GGUUCGCCUGAGCACCAACAUGCAGCAGAUUUCAGACAGCAGGCUGCGGGCUAAUGGAAGAGACCCGGGCUUCAGUAGAGUAGCCAGACAGACAGACAGCUAACCCUACCUCGUGGAAAACCCAUUUUUUUUCGGAAUGGGUGCCAGGCUAUAACUCCCAAGGAGAAGUUAGAUAAACCUCCCAACAGUGAAGAUGGUGUCGUGGAUCAUUUCGCGGCUGGUGGUCCUGGCCUUUGGGACCCUCUACCCAGCUUACUCUUCCUAUAAGGCUGUGAAGACGAAAAACGUGAAGGAAUAUGUCAAAUGGAUGAUGUACUGGAUAGUAUUUGCGUUGUUUACGACAGCAGAGACGAUCACAGAUAUGGUAUUUUCCUGGUUUCCGUUUUAUUUUGAACUGAAGAUUGCCUUUGUGAUCUGGCUGCUGUCCCCGUACACAAAGGGCUCCAGUGUGCUUUACCGAAAGUUUGUGCACCCCACGCUGUCCAACAAAGAGAAGGAGAUUGAUGAAUACAUUACUCAGGCGAAGGACCGCAGUUAUGAGACCAUGAUGAGAUUUGGAAAGAGGGGACUGAACAUCGCAGCUACAGCAGCAGUCACAGCAGCCACUAAGGGCCAGGGUGUGUUGUCGGAGAAGCUGCGCAGUUUCAGCAUGCAGGAUCUGACGCUCAUUCAGAACGAGGAGGAGCUGCAGCUGGAUCCCACUGAUGACACACACACUGCCGCCACGCUGCCCCGCACUAAAACGGUCACCCGCUCCGUUCGUGCCCCACCCAUCCACCCAGAGGGCGAAUCUCUGCCUAGUUCCCGCUCUGACGCCGACCAGUCAGACAGCAAGACUGAGCACUCAGACGAGGAUGCUGCCGACAAAGUACCCAAGCGAACGGCCAGUGUUAGAGCAGCCAAGAAGCCAGUCGCUGCUAAGACAGAGACGACCAAGACGGUGAAGAAACAGCCAAAGAAGAAGAGCACCACUGCUACCAGCAGCAAUGCCGCCGAGACACCUUGAGUCACCAAGCUGAGAUUCAGCUGGGGCGACGCACACAUACACAUACAACACGUAUCGUUCAGAGUACUUCUCAUAGACUUGAAUAAACACGACUCCGUUGGUAGGUUCUCUCUAACAUGCACUCAUAUAAUUCCACACACACCCUCGCUCACACAGCUACUCUUUGUCCAAGCAUUCCUUCUGCGCCAAGUCAUUCAUGAAUUUUCAAGGUCUCUCUUACUCUUCAGCAAGCUCGUCAUGCUCUUCGUGUGUGUGUGUGUGUGUGUGUGUGUGUGUGUGUGUGUGUGUGUGUGUGUGUGUACAGUACGUGCUGGGGGGGACUCACAGCCCUCUAUAUUCUCUAUAGGCCUUACUGUUAGUGGAGAUUUCAGCAGUAGGCUUUGUCUGCACUCAUAAGUAUUCAUAUACUCUGUCCACUCCUCCCCUCUGUUUUAGGGCGCCUUGUCUUCCAAUCAGAGGCCAGUUCUUUUUUUUAAAGCAUGUAGGACGCCCUCUGAGGGAACAGGAAUCGAGGCUAAAAGAGAAGACUUGUGUGCUCGCAGCUUAGCUUCAGGAGCCUCUUGUACUCAGACAUAAUGGGUCUGCUGAAGAGCCAUGGUGGGUGUAAGCACAGCUCUGUCCACACUGCACACCACAUGACAUCAUUCAUUAUUGGCCCUGAAAGUUUUAUGCUUCAGGAGAGGUCAUAUCUCUCCUAGAAGUCACAGACACUCCAAAAGCUCUUGGCGUUGAUGAGGACUUUGCCGGAGCCGUUGCUGGAAACCCUCAACUUUCACUCAGUGUCUGCUCUGUGCUCUGAAGUUCUAAACACGAUAGCUAAUCUGUUGCCAGGCAUUUUGGUGACUAUUUAUACAGUAACAUUUGCUUCCAUAGGGUUUAUUACUCCAUUAUUAAGAAUUAUAAAGGCUUACACAGGCCUGCAAAGUAUGCAAAGUGGUUUAGUGUGUGCUGCUGGCUGUUUAUUUGGUCUUUUAUUUGCUGUUGCUUGCUGGCCAAACUAAGUUUUCAGUUUACCAUGCUUGCUCUCCAAAUAUGGCCUCAUUGCCAUGUGUUUUUAUUUCUUUUACCUGAGCCAGUAUCAGCCAGACAUUAUCUUGGAAAGACUGAAUUCUGACUAGUUUUAUUUCCUUUACAUUCUUUUUGGAGAUGUUUAAUUGGCUGCCCUCUAAAGGUCAGAUCAGUUUGCAGCAUGUCAUGCUACAGUGAGGUUUCCAUGCAGACUCCUCUUGUAGUUACAGUGCUGCCUUUUGUUUGUUGCACUUGGAGAAGUUACAACAGCAUUGCUUGUGCUAAGUGCAUUGCUGCUUGCUGUCUAGGAGUACAAAAAUAAAACCAACCGAGUUUGUGCUCAAUCAAAAGCUCUCUAACCUGUUCCUUCAUAGCUCUGUUUUAAAAUUAUUCAUGCUACAGAUCGUCAGUCAACCAGAGGGUAAAUUAUGAUCUAACCCUUUUAAAUGGCAUUGCUUUUGCAACAUUCUUGGACCUACAGUAAGGUCCUUCUGACAUUUGUGCACUAUGGCCCUAAGGAUUCGAUCAUUGAUGCUGUGUAACUAGUGGGAUUCUAUCAGUGCUGCUUGAGAAAUUCUCUAAACGUACAUGCAGGGUGAGGCCUAACUGACCUAAUAUCAGCCUACAGCUGAUAUUAGAUCAGUUAGUAUAGAUCAGAGUAUUUAAGCGGCACCAUCAAGUGUAAUUACUACUGAGAUCCGACAGGGUCUACAAAAGUACCAGAACUGACACCAUUGCAAUGUAUCACACUUGUCUCUAGCUAAUCCUGAUCUUGGAUCAGUUUUUCUUUCAAGGUAUUCUGUAUAUUAAUGUGAACAGAUGAGCUGAUCCUUGAGAUCACAUGUAGGAACUUGGCUGGUCUCGGAAUCUACUGGAAAAAUAUUAAUGUAUAUAAUCUGUUGCUUCUGACUGUACAGAUGAGCUUGCUUGCCUUACUCUCUUUGAUGGUGUUCUGCAGUUUUUUUUUUUUUUUCCUCAAUCUUAUCAUUUGUCACUUUUAUAGUAGGAAGGGUUGUAAAGGAAGUUGUGUAUAAAGUGCUCUUUGUGUGUGUUGAUGGACAUUGUUUUUAAUUUUUCAUACAGUCUCUAUGAUUUCCUUUUCUCUUGUGCUUUAUUAGAGUACAGAAACAUCAAGUCCCAGAAACUAAGAGUAGAGUCAGUACUUGGAGCUGAGAAUCUCACUUUGACAUUUUUAAGGAAUAUUACAGGACAAAGGGAUUUUUUUAAAUCUAGCAAUUGUGUAGUUUAUAAAAGGCUACAUGGUAAAGAAGGAAGUCAUGGUAACACAACUUAAACCCUGCUGUGUAACACUGACACAAAAAUGCCAUAUGCUGUCAUGAGAAGUUAUGUCCAGUAAUAAUACACGUCAUGUUACUUCACUGUCAUGACGAGUGGGCUUAGUGAAAAUUAGUAUGCAACAUAUGCUAUUGUGACCUCAAAUAUUAUGGCAUCUGUCAUUGCAGUUAGUGAACAAAAUCUGUCAUGACAUGACCGCAUAUGACAUCAGCUAUGAUGUUUAUGGUCUUAUUAUGUCAGUGUCAUGAAGCAGCGUUCAAGGAAAGUCAUCAAAAAUCCCCCCCCUUUCUUUUUUUUUUUGUUCUUUGUAAAGUGUGAUUUGAAUUUUUGAAGUUUGAGUUUGACAAGGGAUUGCACUGAAGUCAAAAUGGUACAUAUAUUCAGCAUCACAGCAUUAGUAUCGUAAUGCCUUUCGGUACAGACCUUUCUUAUUUAGAUCUUUUUCUUUUGAAAAUCUUUUCUGCCGUGUUUGAGAUCAGUAUAUCGUGCAUAGGACUUUAAAUUGUGAGAGAAUAUUCAGCACUAAUAUAUUGUUUGUGCCAAUUGUGAAUACUCCACUGUUAUAGAGAAUGAGGACGAAAUGGUAAUGUCAGAAGAAUCCAUACUGACUGACCUGCAAACGCUGCAAAAUAAAGACAAUUAAAGCAC